GUGCCAUCCUGGGCCCUGCCCACAGUGUCCAGCUUUUAUCACGAAGUCCUGCAUUUGUGGGAGAAUGAGAAAGCAGGUUCGUUGCAGUCAGACAGGACCUCUGCUUUGUGAGGACGUCUGUGGAGCUCUUCUGAACUGCUCAGAGCACUUCUGUGCCCAGGUGUGCCACUCAGGGCCAUGCCAACCCUGCCGACUUCGUGUUCAGCAAGCCUGCUUCUGUGGUGUGGCAUUCAGGGAGGUGGCGUGUGGGACUGAUCGUGAAAAGUUUGAUGGAUCAGGAUAUUUCUCCUGUUGCAAGCCCUGUGGAAAGAUGCUAGACUGCCAGUCCCAUUGCUGUCAGCAGUUAUGCCACCCUGGGCAGUGCCAGUCAUGUCCACUCAGCCCCAAGCUGGUGCACAGUUGUUCAUGUGGACAGACUCCAUUAUCUAAGCUUCUGGAGCUCGGCUACCCAGAGAGAAAGACCUGUACUGACCCAAUCUCCUCCUGUGGCAAGACCUGCAGCAAGCCGCUGCCAUGUGGAGAUGGUGAUUCUGUCCACUUGUGUGAAAAGCUCUGCCAUGAGGACAGCUGUGGCCCGUGCUCUUUGACCUCCUCUAUUAAGUGCAGAUGUGGCAGUAACCGCAAGGAAGUUCCUUGUGCAGCCAUUCAGACUGAACAAGACAUGGUGUUUACCUGUGAGAAACGCUGCAACAAGAAGCGCUCCUGCGGCAGGCACAAGUGUGGAGAGUUGUGUUGUGUGGAUGUGGAGCAUAAGUGCUCAAUGAUUUGUGGUUACAAACUCAAUUGCGGUCUACAUCGAUGUCAGGACCUUUGUCACCGUGGCAACUGCCAGCCUUGUUGGCAAACUAGUUUUGAUGAGUUGGCGUGCUACUGUGGGGAGACUGUGCUCUUCCCGCCCAUCCCUUGUGGAACGAGACCUCCUGAAUGUAAAAACUUAUGUACCCGAAGUCAUGAUUGUGAUCAUCCAGUGUUCCAUUCAUGCCAUUGUGAGGAGAGAUGUCCUCCCUGUACCUACCUCACCAAGAAGUGGUGCAUGGGUAAUCAUGAGCAAAGGAGUAAUAUCCCAUGCCACCUGCAGGACAUCUCAUGUGGUUUAGUGUGUGACAAGCUCUUACCCUGUGGUUCUCAUCACUGUAAGAAAAUAUGUCACCGUGGGGAAUGCCAGGCAGAGGGAGAGUGUAAGCAGCCUUGCACUCACCCUAGAGCCAGCUGUGGACACCCCUGUGCUGCUCCCUGCCACCCAGGCACCCCCUGUCCACCCACCAUCUGCAGUGCCAAGGUGGCACUGCAGUGUGACUGUGGCCGAAAGAAAGAGACCGUUCCUUGUGCUGAUGCAGCCAGUUCCUACCAAAGAUAUGCAGCUAUUGCUGUUGCCAGUAAGCUGUCAGAUAUGCAGCUGGGAGAGUCUGUUGACAUUGGACAGCUCACAAAGAAAGAGCAGAGAAAGGCCAGGUUGGAGUGUGAUCAAGAAUGUGCUACACUGGAGAGGAACAGGCGGCUGGCUGAGGCCCUGCAGAUUGAUCAGUCAGUGGAUACCUUCAACCAGUCAGCAUCUUCCAAAUAUAGUGACUCUCUGAAAGAAGAUGCAAGGAAAGAUUUCAAGUUUGUCAGUGAAAUUGAAGAGGAGAUUAAGAAUUUAGUUGAACUGGCUAACAAGGGUAAACAGCCUAAGAGGAGUCACUGUUUUCCACCUAUGAAGCGUGAACACCGGAGAAUUAUCCAUGAGCUAGCGGAGGCAUAUGGUGUGGAAAGCGUCAGCUAUGAUAGCGAACCCAAGCGCAAUGCUGUGGUUACUGCCAUCAGGGGGAAAUCGGUGUGUCCUAACACUAGUCUGGCUGCUUUGAUUGAAAGGGAAACUGUUUCUAGAGCACCUCCUCCUAUUGCCCACAUCAAACAACACACAAGCAAGGCCGACAAUAGUAAUGCUUGGAUGAAACAAUCUAAAGAGGAGCCCACAAUUGAUUAUUUUGAUGUGCAGGAUUGACAUGAAAUUCUGAGUAGUCACUGUAAUAAUCACACAAAAUAAAACUAUCCAAAGACUUCUUUUCACUAUAGCAUCACAAUUCUGAACACAAACACAGUGAGAAUCUAAAGCUAUGAUUUGUGGACAUGUUUGUUAGGUUUACUAAGGAGCAAACAUCUAGGAGUAAAAAUGUAUGUGGUUUCUGUGCACAUAUUAACUUGGGGGUGGGGGGAAGAAAAGAAAUGUGGGAUGCAUUUGUAUUCUGAGACUAGACUUUGACAUUAUCAGUGACCUUGACAGUGAUUUCUUCUGAUAGACAGCUUACACAAGUGUCAGGAGUGAGUCAGAGUGAAGUUGGACAUGAUCGGCAUCAGGAAGGUUGUUGGUAGUAAUCUCAUUUUACCAUACCUUGUUAAAGAAGAUGAAAAUAACUGUGCAUCUCAGCUCCAAUAAAUACUUCUGAAA